UGUCAUGAAUACCAGCCAUUCAAUCCGUCAUCUACAAAUUAUUAGAUUGGAUUUCUCAUAUAAUAUGUAGAAUUGUGUUAAAUAAUGCAAAUCAAUGUUGUGAAUUAAAAUGGCAUUAACUUCCUCUACUCUGGCAUCCUUGACAUCAUUCCUUUGCCUGUGUACGUUUUGUGUUAAUGCAGUCAUCCACAGACAAAUUUUGAAAACAGGAGAAUCACUGCGAACCUCAGACUCAGUUGUGUCCGGUAACGGGAAGUUCGAACUGUGCUUUUUCGGCAGAGUUAGAGAUAACUCAUUCAGAGAUAACUCAACCAAGUACUACGUUGGUAUACGGUAUAAAAGGGUUCUAAACGACAAGAAGAAGAUUGUUUGGGUUGCUAACCGAGACUACGCAUUUGAAACAUCCUCAGCAGUUCUUACCUUUCAUAUUGAUGGAAGUUUUGUGAUCAAGGAUGGACGAGGUAUAUACUUUCUCAGCAAGCUUUCAAACAAUUUCAAGACCUAUGGCAUGCUCUUGGAUUCAGGAAACUUGAUACUGCUGAAAACCUCAAAUAAUGAGAUUUUGUGGCAGAGUUUUGAUCAUCCCACGGACACCCUUUUACCCGGAAUGAAACUAGGAUAUUAUGAAGGAAACAUUUGGUCAUUGCGAUCAUGGACAAGUGCAGAUGACCCUGCCCCUGGAGCUUUUUCCCUCCAGUAUGAUUACGGCAAGGCGAACCUAAUCAUCAACAAUGGUUCUAAUGUGUUCUGGAUUGACGACAGCUACAACGAUACUAUUGGCAAUGUUAUUAGACAAAGUGAUUUGAAUAAGUCACAUCCGACGAACGACAGUUAUUUCGCUUUGCGAGUUGGUAGUGACUCUAGGUUGGUACUAGAAGUGUCUGGGGAGCUCAAUCUGGAGUAUUGGUCUGAUAAAGAACAACGUUGGGUUUCUAAUUCAUCCAAGUGUGGAACUAACAAUUGGUGUGGAGCCUUUUCCAUCUGUAACCCGGAAGCUCUUGACCCUUGUGACUGUCUUAAUGGUUUCAGGCCCUUUGAUGCUGAUUCUUGGAGUAAAGGGGACAAAUCCGCUGGCUGUGUAAGGAAAAAAGAGUUAUCGUUCUGCAGUAACGGUGUUGAAUCCAACGAUACAUUCAACCAACUCUAUGAUGUGAACUCAGUAUCAGCUUCGAACUGGACGAUAAAGAUCGGUACAGCAAGAGAGUGUGAAAGAACUUGUUCUAAGAAUUGUUCUUGUGUUGCUUUUUCAUACUAUGCGAACGGUAACUGCCAGUUGUGGUUUGGUUCAUUAUUGAAUCUAAAGAACGUCUCAACAGAAGUGAUAAGUUUUGAUAAUAGCAAUCCAAUUAUUUUCCUAAGAGUUGCUGCCUCAGAAUUGGAUACUUCUGAUUCGAACACAACAAGAGCAAAAGAAGGAGGAUAUACUGUUAGCAAGAAUCUACUUCUGAUUGUUAUACUCAUCUCUUCUCUAGCUUUUCUUGUAGUGGGCCUUUUAGUUUACUGGAUUAGAAACAAGAGGAGAAAAGGGGAAGAUUUGCUCCAUUUUGAUAUAAGCAUGAGCAUGAAAGUUGAAGAUUCUGAACUUACUGAAUCAGAUAGGAGUGCCAAAGUGAAGAAGGAAGUCAAAUUGCCUUUAUUCAGUUUCGAGAGUGUUGCAGCUGCAACUAAUAAUUUCUCAGAUGCAAAUAAACUUGGUGAGGGUGGCUUUGGACCCGUUUACAAGGGUACAUUAUUUAAUGGGGAUGAGGUUGCCGUGAAAAGACUGUCACGGAGAUCUGGUCAAGGAUGGGAAGAGUUAAGAAAUGAAGCUUUGUUGAUUGCAAAACUCCAACACAACAAUCUUGUUAGACUUCUUGGUUGCUGCAUUGAUCGAAAUGAAAAAAUGCUGAUUUAUGAGUUUAUGCCUAAUAAAAGCUUGGAUCUUUUCCUUUUUGAUGCAACGAAGAAACGGAUGCUAGAUUGGGGAACAAGAGUAAGAAUAAUUGAUGGAAUUGCCCAAGGAAUUCUUUAUCUUCAUCAGUAUUCCAGGUUCAGGAUCAUUCACCGAGAUCUAAAAGCCAGCAACAUAUUGUUGGACAGCAAUAUGAAUCCCAAAAUAUCAGAUUUUGGAAUAGCAAAAAUAUUUGGUGAUAAUGAACUUGAAGCAAAUACAAACCGAAUAGUUGGAACAUAUGGUUACAUGGCUCCUGAAUAUGCAUUAGAAGGACUUUUCUCAGUAAAAUCAGACGUGUUUAGUUUUGGGGUCCUUCUGUUGGAGAUUAUAAGUGGCAAGAAGAAUAUUGGCUUUUAUCAAACGAGUUCCUUCAAUCUUCUUGGAUAUGCUUGGGAUCUUUGGACCAGAAAUUCAGGAGUGGAUCUGAUGGAUAGUGCAUUAGAUGAGAGUGAUACUUUAUGUAAUGUGUCAAGAUAUGUGAACAUAGGACUUCUUUGCGUUCAAGAAAGUCCAGAAGAUAGGCCAACCAUGUCUGACGUUGCAUCAAUGAUUGGGAAUGACACUGUGCCCCUUCCUUCUCCUAAACCACCUGCAUUUCAAAAGCUCAGAGGUGAUGAUAGUUCAACAUUGCCCUCCACCUCCACAGAAAGACUUUCAGUUAAUGUUAUCACAGAAACAAUUGUGGAAGCAAGAUGAGUCACUAUAAAAAUCCUCCUUCUAGUACUUGGAUUAGACAAGAGCUCUUUUCUAUUUAUAGUUUGCUCUAUCAAUAUUUAUUCCUCUUCUAUAUUUACCACGGGAUCUGGUUAAGAAAAACUGAGUCUGAUUCCAACAGUUAAAUGAUGUUUAAAAUACUUAUUUCGAUGAUGGAUCUUGCCUUUUUUAAUAAUUAUAAAUGAUGCAAGACUGCAACAUAUAAGUAAAAUGUUGGAACAUGGAAGUAA